GAAUGUGUAGUUCAUAUGGCACAGCCUUUACUACUCGGAUAUCAACUGGGAAUGCGCACUCGAAGUGCCUGCUGUACCCUAAUGUAUAAAAAGUCCCUCAAACUGAACCAAUUAAUGACCGCUAAGCUCACUGACAAUCGGCUCCGGCAUAUGGUUGAGAUCAUAUCCGGUAUGCGAGUCAUCAAAAUGUAUGCCUGGGAACAGCCCUUUGCAGAUAUCGGGGCUGAGGCACGAAAUCAAGAAGUGUCGUGUAUAAAGAGAUCUUGCAUUCUAAAGGCAAUCAACAUGUCGUUGAAUAAUAUGGCAACCAAAUUGAUCUUAUUUACUAGUUUUAUCACCUUGGUACUCACCGGUGAUGUACUGACUGCUAAGACUGUAUUUGUGUCAACGAUGCUAUUUAAUUACUUAAGAACUACUAUGACCUGGUACUUACCACAGGCAAUCAUGUUUGGCGCCGAUUGCAAUCAAUGGCUAAGAAUGACAAAACAAUUGCCAAAAAAUUGCAAACAAUCGCCCGGAGUGUUCAAUAAUAACAUAACCGCCAAAUGGAGUGAUGAGAGCUCGUAUCCAACCCUUCAAAAUAUUUCUACACAUUUAAGACCCGGGGAUUUAUUGGCUGUUAUCGGACCGGUGGGGGCGGGAAAGCUGUAA